AUGCCCCGCCCCUGCGCCCUCGCCUUCCUCGCCGCUCCAUAUCUGGCUGGAUUGUGGCGGCUCGUGGCGGACCAGCCUGGGAUCGCGCUGGAAAGCGCGCUGCGGCUGAGCGAGUUCGUGCUUCACUCGGCGACGGCUGCGCGGCAGGACGUCGGCCGCGUGGGGGUGGAGGACCUUGGCGUGAACGUCUCGGUGGUGGAGUGUUCGUGUACCCCUUGCCCGGCACCCUGGAGGUGCGAAGAAGACGCUGGGCCAGCCUGGGUGCAGGCGUGCGAGCCGGUGAUCGAGCACGUCUUGGAGUCGGAGUGCGAGGUGGUGCCAGUUUUCAACUUCGUGAAGACCAUCGUCGGGGCGACGACCAGCUUCAUCGGACAUGAGCGCGUGCUGGUGUGGCCGCUCUCGACUUCGGUGUGGAUGAUCUACACCGCCCAGGGGCACUUCUACGUGGAAGACACCUCCCUGUAUGAGAAGGUGGUGGCCCUCAAGGGCUUCGGGGAUCGCCCGCCCGGGCUGGAGUCGGUCGACAUCGUGCAGUUCGACCGGCCAGUCCAGCGACAGGAGUUCCUCGACCUGCUGGCCGCGGCCCAGUUGCAUGCGGGCGCCCUUCGAGGCGCGCUCGGGCUGCCAGACUGGCCG